AUGGCUUCAAAUAAGAUUAAGAUUGGACAGUACAAUGUCUUGCAAACCCUUGGUGUUGGUUCUUUUGGGAAAGUCAAAUUGGCGGUCCAUUCGGUGACAGGUCAUAAAGUCGCAAUGAAAUUCAUUAACAGGAAAAAGAUUGCUAAUUUGGAUAUGGUGGGAAGAGUCAAACGUGAAAUUCAAUAUCUGAAAUUGUUAAGGCAUCCUCAUAUAAUCAAAUUAUAUGAGGUAAUUGCAACACCAACAGACAUUAUCAUGGUAAUGGAGUAUGCUGGGGGUGAAUUAUUCAAUCUCAUAGUAGAAAAAGGCAAGAUGUCUGAAGAUGACGCGCGUAGAUUUUUCCAACAGAUUAUAUGUGCGGUUGAAUAUUGUCAUCGACACAAGAUUGCGCAUAGAGAUUUAAAACCUGAAAACCUGCUUCUGGACCCGUAUCAUAAUGUCAAGAUUGCAGAUUUUGGAUUAUCAAAUAUCAUGACAGAUGGUGAUUUCUUGAAAACCAGUUGCGGCAGUCCGAAUUAUGCCGCGCCAGAGGUGAUCUCUGGCAGAUUAUAUGCAGGACCAGAAGUCGAUGUUUGGAGUUGCGGGGUAAUUUUAUAUGUGAUGCUUUGUGGUCGACUUCCUUUCGAUGACGAGUAUAUUCCAACUCUGUUUCAAAAAAUUAAUGGUGGAAUCUAUAUAUUACCUCCAUUUUUGACGCCCGAGGUCAAAUAUCUUCUUUCUUCAAUGUUGAUAGUUGACCCUUUAAAAAGAAUAACGAUUGCUGAGAUUAGGCAAAAUGCAUGGUUCAAUAUAGGCUUACCUGAUUACUUGAAGCCAUUACCUCAUAGCGUGGAGGAUCCUUUUGCUGAAAUUGAUGAAGCUAUUGUUGCAGAGCUACAAAAAAAAAUGGGUUUUAGUAAAGAGAACAUAUACGAUGCUCUGCACGAAACCGAGAAUAAUCAAACAAAAGUCGCGUACCAGCUUGUGGUGGAUCAUAAGAGAAUGAUUUUAGCGGGAAGAAUGUCGGAUCAAAAUAACAUAAUGAGUUUUCUUGCAGCUUCUCCUCCAGCAUGGGAUGUGGUUCAGCAAGGAAAGGCAUCGUUGAUAAAUGGGGAAGAAAAUAUCGAAGAACCUUCUAGUAUUACAUUACUGAGCAGUAGUUUGCCGCCGAGUACAGACAAUUUCAGAGAUCCGAACCACCCCUUUGGAAAUCUUGCCAAAUCGUCGAUCACAACGAGACGAACAAAGUCGCGUUCCAAAUGGCAUUUCGGGAUUCGAUCGCGUAGUCCACCUUUGGAAGUGAUGUUGGAAAUUUAUCGUGCUUUAAAAAAUCUUGGGAUGGAUUGGAAAACCAUUGAUCCGUAUCAUGUUCGAUGUCGAUACAUCUAUCCUUCAGGAUUAGAGGUUAAAAUCGAUUUACAACUCUACAAACUUGAUAUCAACAAUUACCUCGUUGACUUCAAGAACGUUUCAUACUCCCUCUCUAAUUCUGAUGGUAAACCUACAUCGCUUUCCUCAUCCCCGAUAUCACAACCUGAAUCGUUAUCGUCGUCAAUACCAAAGUCUUCCCCGGACGAACCACAACUUGCUUCAUCGAUGGAGAAUAUGUCGAUGACUACCACCAGUACCACGUCUGUGCACAAUUCAUCAUCAACGACUAAAGAAAUUUACUCGCAAAGUGAUGGCAAACAAGUUUGUUCAAUGUACCCGUUCUUUGACGUUUGCACGAAAUUGAUCACAGAGUUGGCAAUUUCUGCUUGA